UUUCUUCAACAAUUCCAUAACGCAUGGUAACUACCACACCUUUGCUUUUUCCACUCAGAACGAAUCUUCAGUAAAUGAAAAAAAGUUAACGUAGUCACAAAAUGGACAAUCCGUUAAGAGAGACAAAAGACAGACUGACAAAUUUGAACGAGGCGUUCAUAUCUACGAUUGAAUGUGGGGAGACUAGUCAUAACAGCGAUGAAGAAUUCCUUGCAGACCAGGAUGGGAACACCAAAUUUGGUGAAAACUCAAAGCAGUAUUGCAAAAUUGGAAGUGAAUAUAUGCACAAAUUUGAAAAUCUGGAAAAGAAAGAACAUGAGAAUAUUGAUUUAAAAUUGGUAGCGCCUAGAGACAAUAAUAUGAUCCUAGUUGACCCGUCCUACAUAAGAGAAAGAGACUUCGGCGGGGACAAGGACUACAUAAACGUCAGCUUCGUUAACGAUUUUAUAAAAGUGUCUAAGGAUGAAAUACGCGCAGGACAGAAGGACUUCCACGGAGGGAGUUACAACUUCACAUAUAAGGACGGAGACAACAAGAAGAAUUAUGAGUACAUAAAUGCAACAAACGAGUACUACAUAACCAAAAAUGUGGAGGAGAAAAUGACAAACACGGGGAUGACCUCCGAAAAUUUUUUCGCGGACAAUAAAAUGUUGCUGUAUGAAGACGGGAUGAACAAGUGGUCCGACAAGAGCAGAUACCUCUACUUUGUGGAUAAGGAGGAGCAAAAUAAUGGAUACAAAAAAAAGAAAAAAUUUAAAGAUAUACGUCUGAACGACGCCCUUAUAGUGGAUAAUUACGAGAAGGUGGUUUACAAGCAGGACCCUAGUAGUGACAAGGUCAAAAUAGAAAACUUGAUAUUGGACGUCCUCAACAAUGACUUCGACUACGAUUAUGACUGCGAUAUAGAAUCUGAUGAAAAUGCCACAUCUAAGGAGGAACACGAGGGGGAGGAAAGAGGCACAGCACAAGACGGACAAACAAACGUCAGGAAGAAGAAAGAGCCCUUGAAUAUAGCCCCGAAGAUAAAAAGCAAAUACAACCGAUCCUACGUCCUGGAUUAUCUACAUUAUGAUAACUUCUUCCAUGACGAGGAGGUGAACGUUUCUGAAAAAUCGACCUCCGAUAAUUCGGAAGGUGAAGUAAAUGAGAAGGGAAAAUAUACCUCUCCAACUUUUACCAUAGGAAAUAAAAAAGAGUUUGACAUAAAAAGUAACAUCCACAAUUUGUUAACCAAGGCUGAGACAGAACUAAAUGUCAGAGAUUUUUCAAAGUUCAUACCGGAGCAGUUUAACAUGGAUGUGUUUUUAUCAAGCCAAUCAGAGAGCGAAGAAUACGAGUCCGAUUCUGAUGAAAGUAUGGAAUGCGUUCUGAAGAAGAAAAAAAUCCAGUGGAAUGAGAAAAAGAUGAAAGAAGAAAUGGAGCUCCUAAGAAAAUACGACUACGUGGAAUCGCUAUAUUCGCCAGGCUACUGCUCUAGAAUUACGCAAAAUUUGAGGGACAAAUAUAACAAAAAGAGGGUCAACAUUUACGACCUGAAGAAGAACCAACGGUAUGAGCAAAAAAAAAAGGACUUCAUCGACGAAGAGCAAACGAAGAAGGCGCAAGAAAAUCUGCAGAAAUUCAGACUCGAAAAUUUACGUGCCGCUGAAGAAAACACAAGUGGAGAUGAAGAGGCAGAUUUGGAAAGCGUCCAGGGUUUUUCGGAAAUGGACAAAGGGACGGAUCAAGGUGUACCAGAAGUAAAGCACAAGUGGCAGGAUGUAGGAGACGACAAAACGGACAGUUCCCUAACGUUUGACCAUAUAGACAGUAGAAGCAUAAGUAACUUGAAGAGGAAAUACAAAGCGAUGAAAAAAAGCGAACGUUCUACUAGGCCAGAGUUAAGGAGGCUAAAAUUUUACAUAUGCCGAAGGGUUCAUAAGAAGAAAUAUCUGCUUAAGAACAUGAAGUCGUUUAAGGAGGAUAGGAAGAAAAAGAAGAAAAUGCGCAAGGUCAUGAAAUUUUCCCCUCAGGGAGGGUACAACCUGUUGGCCAAGAUUCAGGAAGUGGAGGAUGAUGAAGACGACGACGACGAUGAGCAGGACGACGAGGCCAACGAAUUGGAAGAAGAUGAUCUAUUUGACAUAAACGAAAUAAACACGUCAGAAAUGAACUCCUCUGAGUACACCUACUCAUCACUGACCAUUUCGUCAUACGAAUAUUUAAAUAUACGCGGGGUGCAUUAUAAUGAUAAUUCCUACGAAAAUAUAUUUUACCACAGCGACCCGAGGGUGAACGUUACUUACCUGUACGACAAUGUCCAAUUUUUUCUUAUUCACGGGGACACGGAUGAACAGGUAAAGGUGAAAAAGGAAAAGCGAAGUGGGGAGUUGUCUGGUGUGGGAACCGGUCCCAUUAUAUGUUACACGCUACCAGUUACAUAUUACCAACCCGUUAUAUGUUACACGCUACCCGUUAUAUGUUACACCCUACCCGUUGCAUGUUACCUACCCGUUAUAUGUACUGCCACGCAGAGAGCCAGCAAGGGAACCCUGUUCAUGGAAAUCCUCGUGUACGACCUCAAGUUCUACCGACAUGGGAAGCACAUUGUAGAAGCGGCAUUGCUCUACACCCUCGAAAUAAACGAAAACGCGACGGCAAAAUUGGAGAAAAAAGAAAAUGAGACCUCUGAAAUAUUGCUAAAAACGGUGAACAAAAAAAGCGGCACAAUUCACUGUUCUAUCGCAGGGAGUAAUGAACAAAUGAGUACCAUCUUUAGCAGAAUAUACAAAAGAAUUUUACUUGCUCAGUAUGUAAAAUAUUUGAACUCCAUUUCAAGUGGGGUGAUUGAUAAUGCAGUAAAUUAUUUCCUCUUGGAAUGUAAAAAAUUGAAUUUAAAAAAUGUCCCAUAUAACAAAGAUGCAGAUCAAAUUAUCCUCUCUUCAAACAAAAAUGUAACCAACAUUUGCAGUAUCAAUUUAGCCAACAGAACAAUGACCAUUGAAGACUUGUCUGAAUUUCUAUCCUUUUUAAAUGUCAAACAAUGCAGUUCCUUAAACUUAACAAAAAACCCACUGUUCAAAGAUUUAGCAUUUGAACGAAUCAAAAAUGACAUGGAUUACGUCAUCCAAUUUUUUAAAUCCUUACAAGUGAAGGAACUCAUUUUAGACUUCACCGAUCUGUCAGACCAAUCGGCAGAAUAUUUUAUCCUUAACAUUUUGUUAAGUACCAAUAUUUCCUUCCUCAGCUUAAUCAGUUGCGAAUUAAGAAGUAACAACAUAAACAACCUAGUAAAUAUAGCCAAACAGUCUAUAAAUGAAGGGAGAAGAAUUUCCAGUCCCAUCAAUUAUGUCAAUGUAGAGUUCAACAAAUUGACUUAUUACGACGUGGUGUCUCUCCUUAACAUUUUUCUUCACCUAAAUAAGGAUUUUAAAAUGCUAUACAUUUGUGGGAAUUUCAUACAAAGUGAUAUAUUUGACAUAUCCUUCGAGUUUAAGAGGAGGAAAUCGUUCAUCGAAAUGCAGAAAUUUGUCAAAUCGUCGACGGACAUUUUCCAUGCUGACACGAUUGAUCAAAUUAGGGACUCCUACCCGUGCAACUUGCAGGGCGUCGCCGAAUUGUACGAGGAGGGAAAAGUCACCCAAGUCACCUUCGAGCUGUACUUCUCCUACCUGCACAUCGUGAAGCCAAAGGAAAGUCUCUACACCAUUAGAAAAAUCUCAGUAUUCAGGAAAGGCACCAUAAGCAUAGUGGUGAUGGAGGCUCUGCUUAACAACAAGGAUGUAGAAAUUAAGCUCAAUUUAUUCAAGGAAAAUAUAAUCCUUCUCUUUCGCAACAUAGUACACAGAAGCUUAAUCGGCAAGGCGUACUACCAGGAGCAGAUCAGCAACGGCAGAGAAGUGAACGACAACGUUUUGAAUUACUUUAUUAUGCGAACUGAAAAUGAUAUUAACUUUUACCAUUACAACGUCACACGAGAAGAAAUUCACUUUGUCCUGAAUCUGUGCAAAAAGGGCGUCAUGAAAAACAUGAACCUAAGUCACUGUUACCUCUGCAACGAAGACAUUCUAUACUUCAAUACAGUGAAGAAGGACCCCUACGGUAUUAAGGUUUACAAACUUUCCCUAGGCAAUAACUUAAUCGACUCUAAUGUGGACAUGAAAGAGUUUAUUACAUUUCUCUCCAACUUCACCAUUUUUUUCAAAAUUAACCUAAGUGAUAUGAAAAUCGGGACGCACCCCUCCAUAUGUGAAUUGUUUUUUUACCUCUUGAACAAUACCAAGUGCAAGAUUAUAAACCUGGACAACUGCGAUCUGGGAAACGCCUUCCUACUAAAUGUCAGCAGAAAUAUUAAAAAACUGAACAAAAAUAGCUACCUGACCAUCCUAUCUAUGCAACACAACUCCUUCAGUGACAGAAAAGGAAUUUUGAAUUUUUUGAAUAUUAUCAUUUCUACAUGCACGUCAAUAGAAAAGAUCAAACUUUACACUAACUACUUAAGUGAUGAGGACAGCAGGCUCAUAAUGAAGCACACCAUUAAAAGGGACGUCGUGUCUUUUCAGUACACAGACGACAGAGCUACCUCCGCCCAGAAUGACAUGAUCAAGGUGGCCAAAAUAGCGAAGAAUAAAAUCAAUAAUGAUGUGGAAUACAGUGCAGAUAUGACAGAACAUGAGCGGAAAAUAAUUGAGGAGUUUUUCGAGAAAAAACAAAACGAGCGGGGAGCGAACGGAAGACGAGUAGGCAACAUAGCAGACGAAUACAAGUUCGGAAACCGCUACAAUUUGGACGACCUAAAAUCGAGAAAGAUUAAAUAUCGCGCGAUGAAGUGA